UCCUCACUUCCUGUCUUUCUUCUGCGAUGCAGGGAUGCUGCUUGCCAUCCUGGAGAAGUGCGGAGCGAUCCCUCAGAUCAACUCGGCCAAGUUCUCCGUGGGUGAGGGAACGGUUGCCGCGGGUUACCAAAACUUCAUCAUCUGCAUCGAGAUGUUCUUCGCUGCCGUUGCCCUGCGCCACGCCUUCACCUACAAGGUCUACAUGGACAAAAGACUGGACUCAUAUGGCUCAUUUCCUAUCUACGGACAGUACGGUCGCUGCGCCCCGAUGAAGAGCAUCUCCAGCAGCCUGAAGGAGACCAUGAACCCUGGCGACAUGGUUCAGGACGCCAUCCAUAACUUCUCCCCGGCGUACCAGCAGUACACCCAGCAGUCCACGCUGGAGCGGAGCGGGGGGCCGCCGCUGUCCCGCAGCCACAGCAACCUCAGCACCCGCGGGGACAACGAGAAGACGCUCCUGCUCAGCUCCGACGACGAGUUCUGAGACUGAAACACUUUGUCCUGUAGCCCAAAUCCAAUUUCUAUCAACUAGAGCAGUGGUUCCCAACCGGGGGUACGGGGACCCCUAGGGGUUCUCGAGGGGGUACGUAGAGAUAUUAGGGAUUGCAAUACAUUUCCACACAAAACAUUUUACCUAAUCAAUUUUCAUAAGCCUGGUGUCCUGCCCCCAGAGCUAUCAAAGCGUAUGAAAGACACGCUCAAGUGUGUCAUUACAAGCUCUAGUCUUAACGAAAGAUGUGGAAACUGCUAGAAGUGAGUCUUAAUAUUAUUAUUUUCACUGACAGUAAGUAUCAACGUCAAGUUUAAAUGCAUUUGUAUUAAGGGUGAGUUAUGCAAGUGAUGUUCAUCUGAGGAGGGUUGAACAUUAUUACAAAGGGUUUAAUACAGGAACACAUAUCAUCACAGAUGAGUGAGGGGGUACUUAUAGCGUGGCGACCAGCUCAAGGGGGACACGUGACCAAAAGGGUUGGGAACCGCUGAACUAGAGAAACAAAUCAGAUCUUUUCCUUAACAGGGAAGGCCAGAUUCACUUUUUAAGACAACACUACAAAGGUCAGAUUCACGGCAGGCUUUCGUUAACAGACUGUGGGAAGUAUUUUUACAAGAGCAGUAGGUAAAGAGGAUGGAGACGUUGUUAUGAAUAGUCAGGGAAUAGAGGGGUCCAGAUGUUUAGACAUUAUUACAGAGGCCAUCCCUGACAGAACUACUAUACCACAUGGUUCAAGGUUCAAGGUUCUUGUUGUCAUACUGUAUGUGCAUAGUUACAGUGUAGUUAUGACAAUUAAAUUCUUAGGUCCAGGCUCCUCCAACGCCUAAGAAUGUAAUUCCCCACAUGGAUACAAAUAAGCGUGCCUGCAUUAAGCGCCCUAAUGCUGCACUUUAAAUAAAUAUAUAAGAGGUGUAUAACGGAGAGAAAAGUGCCAUCUUCAUCUUAAAACAAACGGCCUCUCGUUUUUCUCCCUUAUUCCUCACUUCUCUGCCAACUCUUACAGAAACAUUGCCAAAUAGAAUGAGUACCCUGCGGGACACACUGUCUUAAGAUUUAGAGUUUAUAGUCAAGCAAAAUAAAGAGCCUUCGAAUUCCCCGGCUUCUUUUUAAUAUAUACAUAUUAAAUAACACUUUUUUAUUUUAUUUAAAUGUUGUAUGACCUUGAAGGUAUCGCUCGUGUGUUAUAAAUUGUCAUUCCAGAGAUGUUUUGAAAUAUGCCGUGUUUGUUUUCACUCUGUGGUGGGUUCGUGUGAGGCGACUCGGAAGUAUAACUGUGUGACUCGGCAGCUGUUGGCCUGAUUUGUGUCGAGGGAACAGCUGUAGGAGAGAUUUAUUUGAGCGUGGGCAGGGAGACGGAAGUACGACGCCCACGCAGAUUACAGAGCAACACAGCUGUGAUGUGUUGCGGAUUGUAAUCCCAUAAUUAAGGGCAUUACGCACAGAUCAGACCUGCCUCUGCUAGUAUUGUUUAUAACGGCAUUACUGCUAUAGUGAGCUAGACUGGAUUUACAUCCGGUAGUUGAAUAUACAGCUAUUUGUGUUCAGGGACACUAUAGCAGUGAUGCAUGGUAGAAAAAAUCCUCAAGUGAGUCUGAAUAUUCUGCUUUUCCGUUAAUAUUCCGUUUCCUGUUUUAGAGUGAAUAGUUUAAUAUGAGUUUUAGCAGGGGCCUGUAUAGAAGCUGCUUGUGGUCGUGAUCGUAAAUGUUUUGAUGGCAGAGCACAGCUAAGUAAAAACCUCUCGACAGGUGACGUUAGGCCUCUCAAUGUGCGAUCAUCGUUUUCCUCUUGAUAUGUCGAGUGCAGAGUCCAGACUAGUGUCUAUUGGCUGCAGGUAAACAAACCGUGAAGUCCUUGUGAGUAAUGAAUGUAGUCCGGGUUGAACAUGAACAGCCAAAUAGAUGUGAAUAUUUACUUCCUAAAGAUAAAAUAACACUAAUUAAGCAGGAGAAGAAGCUGUUGGAUUCCUGCUGUGACUGACGAUCCAUAUACCUUCUUUCAAUUAUACACUCACUUUUUUAUCCGACUUUCAAACAAACAGCUUCAGUUGAAGGCAAGGUUGAGGUCAUUUGUUUUUUGAAUGUACCACUAACUUAGUAGUAUU